ACACGAUUUUCAAAAUAGCAAUGAACUUCAAAACACUACAUUACUCCCCUGCCGCUAAAAAAAUUCUACUCUACAGCUGUCAUUCGGCCCCUGCCGCCUGCCACCCUCACCGUCACUGCCUGCCGCCGGUGGUUCAGACGCUGCUGUCUGGCGCUGCUCAUGCUCGCUCCUGCUUACGCCUCACUUCCUUAGUCGAAAGUCGAGGGUCGACUGUCCUCUACUCCUCUUCUACUCCUCUUUACAAAAACCCUAAAAAUCAAAUUUUUGAUUUUUUUAGAAAAUGAAGCAAGAAGAAGUAAAUUGUUGCCAGAUUCAAGAAUGGUAUCCAAAGUUUAAAGCUGUCUCUAUAAAGACGGUUAUCCAUGAACUUCCAGAACCUUUUAUUCAGUAUCUAGUUGAAGAUGCUGGCCCCUUUCUUCUCCCUGUUUCUGUCUCAAAUGAGGAUGCAUUUCCCAAUAGGAUUCAUAAGCCUGAAGACGAGGAGGACUAUCAAGUGUCUGAAGGAUCCGAAGAUGAAUCAGAGCAACCACUUCCACCCCCUUCUUUCCCAGAACUUGAAUUGAAGAUCAAGGAAUCAAUUGAAACCCUUGGUGGUGCCGUAUUUCCUAAGCUAAACUGGAGUUCACCGAAAGACAGUGCUUGGAUUAGCCCCACAGGAACCCUUAAAUGUACGUCUUUCAGCGACAUAGCGCUUUUACUCAAAUCGUCUGAUUCUGUGAUCCAUGAUUUAUGCCAUGCAUAUGAUUCAUGUAGUGAUAAGAGUUUGUUAAGACCGUCUCAUUUCUAUCUCGCCCUUCGGAAAUGGUACCCCUCCCUUAGACCAGAGAUGGAAUUCCGUUGCUUUGUCUACGCUCAACAACUUGUGGGAAUUUCUCAACGUGAAGUCACAACUCUAUAUCCUACUCUACAGGACAGGAAAAACGAGCUUAAAGAUCUUAUCCAUGAUUUUUUCAUGGAUAAUAUUCAUGGGAGAUUCAUUUCUGAAAAUUUCACGUUUGAUGUUUAUGUUACAAAAGAUACGAGGAUCAAGUUAAUUGAUUUUAACCCUUGGUGUGCGUCUACAUUGCCACUACUGUUUACUUGGGAGGAAUUAGAGCGAGAUGGAAUGGCUGGCCAAGACGUUGAUUUCAGAAUAGUAGAAAGCCAGCUUACAGUGCGGCCAGGUUUGAAAACUGCAGUUCCAUACGAUUAUAUAGAUAUGAGACCUGGGAGUGGUUGGGAUCAAUUUUUAAGAAAUGCAGACGAGGAGUUGCAGCAGCAGACGAGAUCUUCAGAAGCCAGUGUAUGAGCAACUGGUGCGUUGAUGUGAUAAUUUUUGGAGCUUCAGUGCAAUAUUUUUCCAAUCCGUUCAUCGGUUGAUAGAAAGUCGUUUUUUCUUCGUUAUUUUGGCACCGAGAUGGUCAUUUGCUAUUGAGAGUUGAGACGAACCAUAUAGGCUUGUAACUUGGAAGAAGCAGUACCUAAAUAGAAGCCUCCUUGUGAUAGUACUGGUAACUAAAGGAUUCUAGAGGAAAAUGUACUUUCAAAGGUAUGGUGUGGAUGUAUAAGUUAUGAAAGAUUAUAUUAGCAUUUCACCUAGAUGGUACCCACCCAUGCAGUGCUAAUUGGUACCUGUGUGAUGUACGAUUUUAUUAUUGUUUAAAAAUAAAUCAAUUUUAAGUAUAAAUUGUUAUGCUAUUAAAAUUUUCUUGAUCCAACAAAUAUAUCUUGUUUCUGUAAAUGUAUUAAAUGUAUUGAUGUCCUAGGGUUUUGAUAAAAGGAAUGUAUUUUGUUAUUUCUAUACUAUAUAGGUCGAUGAUGAUGUCAUCAUAUCAAUUUGAAGGCAAUAGCACCAU